ACUCCGAGUUUUCUCGCUGUUCCCGUCCCACUCAUUACCACUGUUCGUCCCUUUCGGAAUGUUGUCGAGACUUGGAACGAGCGCAGCUGCCAACACAGCUCUUAAGCGUUCUCCGAAACUAGCCGUUGCUGUACGUAGAACAUUCGUACAGCCCUCUGGUGCGGAGAGGGCGAAUGUAGUCGAUGUGCCUCCCUCUUUCAAGAAUGUGGGACACUUUACUCCCCGUGCUGACAUGCUUGGUUUCAAACUGGAUGCUUCGGUUCAUGAGAAGUCGGCAACUCAGAAGACACGUCCCAUCUACCUGGAUAUGCAGGCAACGACUCCUGUGGAUCCGCGGGUUUUGGAUGCGAUGCUACCAUAUCUCACAGACCAGUUCGGUAAUCCUCACAGUCGCACUCAUGCAUACGGGUGGGAGGCAGAGCAAGCAAUCGAAGUUGCUCGUCAACACGUUGCAGCUCUCAUUGGCGCAGAAGCCAAGGAUAUUGUCUUUACCUCCGGUGCGACCGAGAGCAACAACAUGAUCAUAAAAGGCGUGGCUCGUUUCAACCAAGAUAAGAAGAGGCAUAUUAUUACCGUGCAAACGGAACACAAAUGUGUACUCGACUCAUGCCGAAAACUGAGCGAAGAAGGAUUCGAAAUCACUUAUCUUCCAGUGGAAUCAAAUGGUCUCGUUAACCUGGAAGCUCUCGAUUCCGCCAUCCGACCGGACACAGCUCUGGUUUCUAUUAUGCUGGUCAACAACGAAACAGGCGUUAUACAACCGAUGAAGGAUAUCGGCGCGAUUGUCCGAAAGCAUCGCGGCGUGUAUCUACACACCGAUGCAGCCCAAGCAGUUGGGAAAAUACCCAUCGAUGUUAAUGAAGCUAACAUUGACGUGAUGAGUAUCUCCGGGCAUAAGUUAUACGGUCCAAAGGGUGUCGGCGCAGCUUAUGUCCGAAGGAGACCAAGAGUCCGGUUAGAUCCGAUAUUGAGUGGUGGUGGGCAAGAGCGUGGUCUGCGGAGUGGUACUCUCCCGACGGCCCUUGCAGUUGGGAUGGGGGAGGCCGCACGGAUAUCUAAGUCGGAGAUGGCGAGGGAUCAUGCAAGAAUAAAGCAACUUUCAGAACGCCUGCUCAGUGGUAUACAUUCUCAAGUUGACCAUGUUAUUCGCAACGGCGAUCCAAAUGGAUAUCCAGGCUGCGUCAACUUGUCCUUCGCAUACGUUGAAGGAGAGAGCCUGCUUAUGGCCUUGAAGGACAUUGCGCUGUCAUCUGGUAGUGCCUGUACGUCAGCGUCGUUGGAGCCCUCGUAUGUGCUUCGUGCACUGGGUGCUGCCGAGGAUAUGGCACAUUCUUCAUUACGGUUUGGCAUCGGGCGCUUCACCACAGAGGCUGAAGUUGAUUUCGUCGUACAAAAUAUCGUGCGAGUCGUUCAACGUCUUCGUGAUAUGAGUCCGCUUUGGGAGAUGGUUCAAGAGGGGAUUGACAUCAAUUCUAUCAACUGGUCGCAGCACUGAGCUAUUUUAUACUUGGCGGUUUUUAAGCACGUAUUUCCAUCAGUGUAUACUCUGUUCGGUUCGGUUUGUACCAAUAUCAAUAUGUGUCAUGAGG